AUGCCAUUUCCCACCGCCAAUGCUGCCGAGGCGCCGACAUUUCCCACCGCCACAGCUGCCGAGGCGCAGGUCCGUUCGCUUGUGAGCGGCGACGCGUCGGCGCCGGUCGGCGUGGCCGACCUCCAGGCCGCCACGCGCGCGCUGGGCGAGCUCGUGCGGAGCAACCUCCGGCCGCUCGCCCGUGCCGCGGACGGGCGGCUGCUCUUCGUCGCGGCGCCGGCCAGCGAGAACGAGGUGACCUCCCGCUGUCUGCGGCUACUCGCGCUCGUCUGGUCGAAGCCGCCCUUUCGGACCAUGCUCCACCACCGCCACCUGGCAGAGGAGCUCGGCGCACUCAUCACGAUUGCCGGCUCUAGCGGCAGCUUCCACGCCAGGAGCCGCACGGGUGGCCCUGAGGCCCGGCUCGCGGAGCUGCUCGAGCGCGAGGCGCCGCUGCCGCUGCUCGAGGCGCUGCUGGCGGUGGACUCGCCCGCGCAGCUGGCGGAGCUAAGAGAGGCGGUGCGAGACGUCGGCCGUGCGGAGCCGUACCGCGUCGCCGCCGGGCUGGCGGCGGUGCGGCACGCGCUGCUUCGCCGUUCGGAGGCGGCGCUUGGCCGGUUGGAGGAGCUGCUCGAGCUCGCGAAGCUGCGGUUGGCCCACGACGACUCCUUCGUCUACCAGGCGGCCCUCAACGCGCUCGCCGCGGCGGCCGAGGUUUCGCCGCGCACGGUGAUGCCGCGCCUCGCCGAGCUUCUCCUGCCACAGGGCAAGCCGCAGCUUGGCCGCCGGCCCUCCGCCGCUUGCGAGGCGAGGGCAGCUGCCGCGACCGAGCGGCGGCUCAAGGGCGCCCAGGCGCUGUGCCAGGCCGUGCUCCGUUUGGGGGCGACCCUCCCCCCCCACGCCGACGCCGCCAUGGCGGCGCUCCUCGCCGGUGCCCGCGACGAUUGCGCCGCUAUCCGCGCUUCGUGCCUCGCCGCGCUGGCGACGGCGGCCUCCACGCUGCGGCUAGCGCUGCAUCCGUACGCAGUCGAGCUGCUCACGCUCGCCACGUCGGCGCUGCAGCCGCACCGGAACAACGCGCUGUUCCAGGCCGCCGCCGCAGAGGCCGAUCGGCGCAGGCUGGAUUCGGCCGCUUCCACCUCAUCGGCCGCGCCAGCAGCCGCGCCUGCGCGCGAGACGGAGGAGCCCGGGGACGGCGGCAGCGCGGAGGAGCGUGCGUGCGUCGACGAGGCGCGCGCCGCCGCCUACCUCGUGGGCUUGACGCUGCAGCAGCUCGGCACCGACGGGGCGGCAGUCCUCCCGCCCUCGCAGCUGCGGCAGAUCUACGCGCAGUUGCGGCUGACGCGCGACGGCGCCGCGGACCCGCUGCUGCGCGAGCACGCCGCCGAUGCGGUCGCGCAGCUCGACCUGCUCGGCAGGCAUCUCCUGGGGGCCGCUGCUUGGAGUGAGCGGCCGCGGACUCUGACCAUUCGGAUGCCCUGAAUGCUGAUCCUUGAAGUAGAGAGCGUGCACGUACACGAUGAUCGAUGUCCAAUUGACAGGUGGCCGUAUUUUUAUCUCUCGGUAGAGCCGUACGCCGUGGCGGUGGGCGUAUCUGCACAUCUGCAAGUAUGAACCAGUAAAGGCGUAGACCGUAGAGGCG